AUGGUCGUGGACUUGGACAAGGGUCGAUUCUUCGAACCGUCGCGAAAGUACUGGGAGGAGCUCGAAGGCAUGCGGAUCCGCUGCAGAGCAGUUCUUGCCGACCACCAGGAACCGACAACAUAUUGGACACUGGGAGACCCCAACCCUCCGCCACCACCAGCCCGGCAGUCAGGAAUGAUCCCCACCGCUGCCGACUGGGCGAACUGGCCCUUGGUCCGGGGCGUCUGGGACCCGAACGUGCACGGCUGGCCGCCGGCCGGGGUGCGGCUCUCGGACGCAUGGGUGUAUCUGGCCCUGAAAUACCUGAAAAGGGAUAUCCGCAUCAACUCAUACUGGGCCGAUUUUAACCGAGACGGAAUCAUCCGGUCAAACCGAGUCCCCAUGGGCGACGCCAUGAUGGUCGCGGGCCACGGGCUCGUGUCCUACCCCGUCUACCAGGAGUGCUUCCACGUCCUUGUGGAGCACCUGCAGUCUCAUAGGGCCGUGCAAAACGCCGGCGGGGGCGCCAGGACUCGAUGUGUCGAGCAAUGGGUCUCUUGUCGGAACGAUCCUGUCAUUCAGUACUACCGCUCGCCCCCGGACGCCGAGAGACAGGAUGUUUCGUAUCGACUCGAAUGCCUAGACAAUAUGCAACCGUGGACAUACUGCUCUGGAUGGGCGGGUUCGGACCCACUCGAGCUUCGCAACGGUUGCUGGCCUGAUCCGUCUGGUCAAUCGUGA